AUGCGCACCGUCGGCGCGGUGGACGCCCCGGAGGACGUCUCGGGGGACCGCGGGCGGCGCGUCGAGACCGAGACGGCUCUGGCCGCCGGCGACCUGGCGCUGCGUGCCCCGGCGCUCGCCACCGUGCUGCUGCCGGCGCUCUGGGACUCGCACUGCCACAAGUGCUUCGCCUCGGGCACGCGCCUGAGCCGCUGCGGGCGCUGCAACACGGCCUUCUACUGCUCCAAGGCGUGCCAGCAGGCGGACUGGAAGCCCGACCACCGCAAGGAGUGCAAGGUCCUGGCGCAGCUGGCGCAGCUCGGGCUCAGGAACGACCAGACCGCGGACGUGCUGCUGCUCGGCCGCGUGCUGAGGCGCGAGGACGCAGAAGGGCUGCAGCCCAAGGAGCUCGUGUGGUACGAGGAGGACAUGGAGGACCAGGAGCUCAUGCUGCUCGCGGCGCUGGCGCAGAAGCUGGAGUUGGUGGAUGGCUCGUACUCGAUGGACGAGAUGCUGCGCAUGCUGAGCCGCUUCCGCAACAACAACUUCUCCAUCUGCGACGAGCUGCUGCUGGAGCAGGGCGCAGGCUGCUUCCCGCUGGGCGCGAUGAUCAACCACAGCUGCGACCCGAACUGUGCCAUCACGUUUGUCCCCAAGACUCUCGAAAUGGAGUUCCGGGCCAUGAGGCCCAUCAAGGCUGGCGAGGAGAUCACACAGACCUACGUCGAUGUCGCGCUGCCUCGCCGUGAGAGACACGAGCGGCUGCAGCGCAAGUACCACUUCAACUGUGCCUGCAGUCGCUGCUCGGUGCCUCUGCAGGAGUCUGGCAGCCUGGAUGCUUUCCUCGAUGCUGAUAUCGACGGCGUCCCUAAGGAGCAGUGGUCUCAGGAGCGUAAGGACGAGCAAUGCAUCGACGCACUGCAGAAGUUGGCCGAGCGCCAGAGCAACAUUCUCCACCGCGACAGCAUUGCGCGGUUGCAGACGCUGGCUACGAUCUUUAGUGCGGAAAUGGAGCGUGGCAGCGUAGAGGAAGCGGUUGUUUACGGGGAGAAAAUGCUGGAGUUCUACCAACGCGUAUACAACGCCAACCACCCGAUGACGGGGCUCCACUUGUUCACCCUCGGCGAUCUGUAUGCUCAGCUGGCCCAGGUAGGAACCGGCCCUGAGAACAGCAAGGCGAAGUCGUCCGAAUACCUGACCGAGGCGAGGCGUAUUCUCCAGAUUACUCAGGGAAAGGAGCACCGCUUUGUGAAAAUGCUCGCGGAUAGGCUGCAGGCUGCAGCAUGA